CGUAGACCAAGACACUUAAGUUAAUCAGACGCACACGGGAUACUUUAAGUGUACCUACAUUUUUUAUUUUUGAAAGGGUGCUUUUGAUAUUGACUUUAUCAUUUUCACUAGUCUAUUCAGCGCGGUGAAAUACACUUUAAAGAAUUUUUACUUCUGAGAAGCAACUCAAAGUGACCAUGACAGAGACGACAGCUCCAGCUAAAGCCAAGAAGGCAGCCAAACCCAAGAAAGCUGCCUCUCAUCCCAAAUAUUCGGAUAUGAUUAAAGCUGCCAUUGUGGACGAUGCCAGCCGGAGCGGAGCGUCCCGUCAGUCCAUCCAGAAGUAUAUCAGGAAGAACUACAAAGUGGGGGACAAUGCUGAUGUGCAGAUUAAACUUGCCCUAAAGAGGUUAGUCGCGUCCGGGAUGCUCAAACACACCAAAGGCAUCGGAGCAUCUGGAUCCUUCAAGCUCUCCAAACCUGAGGACUCCAAAAAGCCAAGCAAACCAGCUGCAGCCAAGCCAAAGAAGGCACCGAAGCCCCCUAAAGCCAAGAAGGCAGUGGCUAAGCCCAAAAAAGUGGUUAAGACUCCAGAGAAGUCCAAAAAAGCACCAGCAAAGAAGGCGAAAAAGGUCGUGAAAAAGGCAACACCCGCAAAACCCAAAAAAGCACCAGCAAAGAAGCCCAAAGCAGCUAAGCCCAAGGCGAAACCCGUGAAAAAGGCAGCAAAGCCCAAGGCAAAGUCUCCCAAAAAGGCAGCCAAGACUGCCAAGAAGAAGUGAAGGACUGUGUCAGAGACAUGUAAAUAAUACGGACGUGUUUUUUUGUAUGUGCAUUAUUUUUGUAAAGUUUCAUGCAAAUUGAAAUCUGUUUUACAUCUUCACCAUUGCACUAUAGCAUAUGCUGUAGAAUUUUCUUUAACUCUGACUUCACUGUUAAUGCUGAUUCAGAAUUUUCUGAUAAGUUUUCUUGUACAUAGUUCUAAUAAAAUGUUUAAUUUUGUGAGCAUUGUUGAGCCCUCGUGCAGCAUAUUGACAGUGGACAACAAGUGUCAUUGUAAAUGCCCUCAUGUCUGAAGACUCGACAUCACUGUGUUCAGUCACUUUUAAGACUGUUAAUAUUCAAAUAAAACUGUCGUCUUAUAGAA